UGUGCUGUACUGUGUGCUUGUCCGCGAGGGACUCUACCUUCCAGGUGGGUGUCGCGAUGAAGCACUUCCUGUUGGACUUUGGUUAAAGAGUCAGCUAUGGCUGCAGAAGAGCUGGAUGAAAUGAGUGCCAUUAAAGACCUGUCAAACCAGGCUCUACAGGAGUAUGAGGGCCUGCAAAGGAAGCAUGAGAUAGCAACCAUGGAGUGCAAGAGGCUGAAAGAGGAGCGAGACGAGGCCAUCAAGAAGCUCAAUGAGUUCCAGCAAGUUUCGCAGAUGGUCAUUAAGGAGGUCAAUGGCAUUCAGGAGAACCUGGAGAUCGAGAGGACAUGUAGAGAAAGUGCUGAAGCCCUGGCCUCGAAGUUGAACCGUCAGAACCGCUCUCUGAAGAGGAAAAGUAUAAUGUUGCUGUCCCACCUCAGCCCAGAGACCAUCACUGAGAUCAACCUUGAGGAUGAAGAGGAGGAGGAGGAGGAGGAGGAGGAGAGUAAAGCGCUACAUGCAGCCAGCAAGAUCUGCCUCUCCCCUAAGUGCCAGACCACCACCUCAGAGCUACAAAAUAAGUUGGAGUUAACACUAAAGGAGAAAAAUCAAGCAGACACUGAUCUUGAAGCAGUAAGAGAACAACUGAGGGAAACCAGAGAAGAACUACUGAAAGAAAAACAUGAUAACACUGUUUUAAUUGCUGAGACAGUGCGGCAAAAGAAGCUCCUGGGGAAAUAUAACAGAGUGUCUCAGUUUGCUGUGGAGGAAUACGAGGCCUUACAGGACACCUUGAACCUGGAGAGGGACCUGAGGACAGAGGCAGAGAACUUUGCCAGUGCGAUGGUGGUCGAGCAAAAGAAGCUGAAGAGACAGAGUCAGAUCCUGAUGCAGAGCUCCUUGCCCAGUCAAGCUCUACAGGAAGCCCUCAGCCAGGUCACCAGACUGACCCAGGAUCUGGAGACACAGAGGCUGGAGCACCAAAACCAGAUAAAGCAGAUGGAGGACAGGCUGAGGAGCUGUGAGGCUCAGAGGGAGCUGACGGCAUUGAGGCGUAAACUGGAGCUCAUGGAGGAAGAGAAGAAGGAGUACAGUGACAAAUGUUUCAAGGCUGAAGUGGAGGUCAAGGAUCUGCGGUUUACAGUUGAGGAGCUCCAAAAGAAGCUACAGGCAGCUACCAACCCGCCCCCAGCUCCAGCACCUCCACCUCCCCCACCGCCUCCACCUCCUCCAGCCCCAGGUCCGGCUUCCAACCCACUCAGUUCGCUGUUGUCAUUGAUCCGAAAGAGAAGAGACAUUAGUUCUGACAUCCCACUGGUGGUCCAGGACUCUGCCAAGACACCAGAAGUGGACAUCAGGCAGCAGGCAGUGGGGGAAAUGAUGCAAAGGAUCAAGAAAGGCGUUCAACUGCGACCUGUCAGCCAGUCACCUAAUAGGACCAGGAGACAGAUGGAGAGGCUGCCCUCUAAUUCUGCCAUUCAGGAACUUAAAGGAAUCAUGGAGAAUUUCAAUAGAACCUCCCCCCAACCAAAGGCAGCGUCUCUGUCAACAAACCACGAUGAGGAGCUGCAGAGGAUCCUGCUGAGACGGCGGGAUGUACUGGAGUCCCAACACAAUGCCAGUCUCCAUCCCAUCCUCUCCCCAGCAGUGUGAAGGGCGCCACCAUGCCGAGGUCGGCCCUGGCAUGAGUGUCCACCUAUAUAGACUGGAUGUGGGUGACGGAAGAUCACAUGAUGCAAAAUCAGUGUCUAGCAUUUAAUUUUACUAUGUAUACACAAUGCAUUUCAAAUAAUAAUUGAACUGUAUUAUGAGGAGUCAGGCCCCAUCUGACUGUAGUGGAUUUCCACAGAAAAAAAGAAAAUCAGAGCAGGCAUCCUGGUUGUGAAUCAAGUCAGAGGUUAUGUAGAAUGUGAACUAAGAGGACAAGUGUGUCUGUGAUUUACAUUGAGGCCAUUUGAUUUCAGUGAAAUGAAAGCCGUGUAUCCCACACCGCCUUUUCAAGGUUCAUUCAGCUCUUUUUCUAAAACCCAAUUUUUUGUUUGCAUUGCUAGGUACAGUGGAGUGGGUUUUGCAGCCUUGAGCUUUUGCCAAAACAAAGUAUGUCUCUGAAUUGUUCUGUCUAGACCAGUGUUAACCUUGUAGCCUCCCAGUGAGCAAGUACAGGCCACUGUGGCAGACAUCCUCUUGACUUUUCCACUGUUCCCCUCACUCACUCACACAUAAACCACCCAACCUUCUUAGGCCACCAUUUUAUGUAGGGCACUGCCUCCUCUCUGCUGAACCUACCCUGCACUUUGUAUAACCUGUUCUGCUUUAGAAUGUAUGUCGGCCUUUAUGGGCCUUUUUUCCUAUCUUUAUUCAAGAGCGUGGUUCAAUUUCAAUUUGAGAGCAUGACUCACUGAUUUCACGUUCAAAUUUUGUAACGCUUUUCCUCAAAACCCUGCCCUCGCACUCAAAUGGCCCCUGCUUGCGCUUAGAUUUGCUCUGCUUCUGCUCAAACUGUGUGCUUGCACUCAUGUAUUGUUGCUUGCACAGAUUUCCUGCGUCCGUAAGGGUUGCUCUAAGAAGUAAAACAAACACACCCGCAAUGAGGCAGGGUUCAUUUCAUUGGUCAACACUACACCUGGUAUUUUAUUGGUUGGGGAAUUUUGACAGGGUUACUGCACAAAAAAUCUGGGAGCAGACAUAUCACGAGCGCACAGAAGCAGCCUGAGUGCGAGGAGAAGGGCUGAAGCUGGAGUGCAGGAAAUCUGUGCAAGCAACAGUAUAUCUGAGUGCAAGCAGUUUGAGCAGAAGCAGAGCAAAUCUAAGCACAAGCAGGGGCCAUUUGAGUGCAUGGGCAGGGUUUUGAGGGAAAGCAUUACAAAAUCUGAAUGUGAAAUCAGUGAGUCAUGUUCUGAAGACCACACUCUUGAAUAAAGAUAGGAGAAAAGCCCCAUAAGCCUUUGGCCAUGUCACUUCAAGGAUACAGGGCAAAUCAAGGGACAAACACUUUUAGAUGCUUUUCACUUCAACGUCUUGAUUCUGAAAACAGUGUCCAGAUGACUACGACUGAAACCUUUUCUACGAUGUUUUUCACUGUUGGCAAGCAUUUAGACCAAAAACAGACCUGCUCUAACAAGCACUGCAUUGGUGUAGGUGUGUCGGUACAGGUAACACUGAGAAGAAUAUGAUUCAGAGAGGCCAGUUUGAAUAUAGAUUCAUUAGUUUUCAAGAUUUCAGGAUUUCCAGACACCAAAAACUCAUUGCUUUAUAACAAUGAGGACAACUCUGGAAGGUUAUCACAGCAGCAAUAGUUUUAUUCUCCAUCUCAACGAUCGGCAGUUAACACUAGAAUUACACCAUUCACAUUACCAAGUAAUCUAUGAUGAAUUUGUACUUGCACUUACUUGAUUGGCCUACACAGUGUGUUCAGCAGAGUAGGGAUUUCUGACACAACACCUAUUUCCAAGGUUCUCGAAGAAGGGGAAAAGUCUGAUGAUGAUGUAAUGUUGGUUUGAACAUGGCCUUGUAUGUCAAUAUGUGAUGUUGGUUCAUUCCAGGGCUUAAUGACGGCACAAAAGUGAUUGAUUUUACAAUCAAGAACAAUGUAAUUCUUUUCACUGCUCUAAAAGAAAAAAAAGGAAAAACUUGGUUAAAAGUAGUCUUGGUAAAACUUCCAUACCUCAUAUUGUUGUGAUCUGUUCCUGCUGUAGUCAAAGUUUUUGGGGGGGAUUUUCAGCCAUUUUCCUCAAUAUAAUGAGGCAACAUUUUUAUUGAAUAUAGCUGUUAAAUUACAAAAUGUUGAUGGUGAACAUAUCAGUAAAAUGUUCACAGACAAUGUAUUUCAUUUGUUUUCCUACAAUAUCCACUUGUUGCUACUAACCUCAUUAAUGUUUUAAUGGUUCUGUUUAGGCAGCUCAAAGCUCUUGAUUAAGAUUCUGUAAGAUGGUGCUUUUAAAUACUGAAAAUGUCAACACUGACUUGAAGCACUAGACAGGAUGUGUUUACUUUAUUAAUAUUUAAAUGAAAUCCACAAUCUCUCCCUCUAUGUUCCCCGCAAAAUGCAUUUGGCAAAACAAAGUAAUAUAUAGACAUCAUUUCUAGGAGACAGGGUUUGAACCAGUAUGUCCAGUUUAGACCCAAAGUCUCAGCUCUGCUCCUGCUGUACUUCUCUGUACAUAGAAUGGAAACUACAGACAUGUCUAAUAUACUUUAGUUUGUGAUUUACCGUAUUUGAGUUUGUUAGAAUGAUUUUGCUCAAGAUGUAACAAAUGUAUUUCAUAGCUGCACUGCAUUCUGGUCUACUGAGGCUAUUGUUGGUGUAGAAAUCUCUACAAUGGAUUUCUCCCCGUGUGACUUAAACCUUUGUGUAAGAAACUUCUGUUUUGUGUUUAAUUCUGAGCAAAUUAAACUAAAAUCGGAUUUUUACAAUUU